AUGAUUGGUCACUUAUCUGUCAAAGCUUCAUGCCAUAAAUUGCAUGAAGUUUUGAGUCGAUUGAACGGACCCGUGCGCGAUCUGUUUUCAAAAACUAGAAUCGGUUACUUGUUGGACCUACCAGCUCAGUUCGGAGACGAACUUCUUAUUCAUGGGCUGUUACUGCAUAUGUUGCGUCAUGCUGUUGAAACGGACGCCGUUUCACGCCUAUAUUUUAGGUUCUCUAGACGUACACUAUCAUUUGGCCUGGAGGAGUUUUGUCUGGUGACCGCACUUUACAUGGGUUGGUGUCCUAAAUCAAGGAUCAAAUUUUCAACCAUGUAUAAACACGGAUAUGGUGAAAAUACAUUUCGGUCCAGAGGCUUCCCAUAUCGCACGGACACUUCUUUAGUUGUAGAAGAUUUAGAGCUCCUUAUCUUGAAUCAACGGUUCAAUGACAUAUCGGCUUAA